AUGUCGAUCGGGAAGUUAGGUCCGUUCGACCUUGACAAGGACAAUUGGGAUCUAUACGUGGAUCGACUAGAACAAUAUUUUAUCGCUAAUGACAUUAAAGAGGCGGUGAAAGUGGCAACUUUAAUAACUGUUAUCGGUAGUGACGCUUAUGAGCUUAUGGUAAAUUUAUGUACACCGGAAAAACCAUCAACAAAGUCAUUUUCGCAAUUAGUGAAGGUUAUGAAGACUCACUUACAACCUAGGCCAAGUCUAUUAGCAGAGCGGUUCAAAUUUAGGCAACGAUCACAAAAGAGGGGUGAAAAGAUUGCGGACUACGCCGCCGAGUUAAAAAAACUGACAAAGGACUGUGGGUUUACUUCGUCUACAUUAAAGGAGAACCUGCGUGAUCAGUUUGUGUGCGGUCUAAUUAGUGACGCUAUCCGCCAACGGUUGUUCACGGAGGACGGGAUCGAGUUCGAUAAGGCAUAUCAGCUGGCGGUGACGAUGGAAACGGCUGAGACGGAUGCAGCCAUGGUAGAAGGCCGUACCAGGGGAGGUGACGGUAUACCACUGGCUAGCACAUCGGUAAAUCAGUUAUCAUCAGCGCGACGACGGGAGCAAACAGUAGCACGAGAGCACCGCGUAAACAAAAGCGGCGGCAGCGGGCCGGGGGAGGCCGGAGCUAACGGCAGUCGUUCAACGCGUGAGUCAGUUUGGCGCGGUAGUGCAAGUGGCACAAGCGCAGCGGCGAGCGGGAAGCGUCAGUUCACCAAACAGGUGACAUCGGCGGGAGGAGCCGCGGGUCGUUGUGCAGCCUGUGGAGGGCAGCAUACUACUAAUACGUGCAGAUUUCGAGUUUACGUAUGUAGAAUUUGCAACCAACAGGGACAUCUAAAAAAGGUGUGUCCUAAUGUUUUGAACGGAGCAUCGCCAUCGUCGCUUUAUAAUGUACAUGAAGAACAGAUAAAGUUCCAAGACAGUGGUAGCAGUGACAGUGACGAGGUAAAUAAUCCAUACUAA